AUGGGUUCGAAAAGAAGAUUCUCGUCAGAGCAUCCAGAUCCGGUUGAAACUUCUAUUCCUGAAGUGGCUGCUGAGAUUGCGGAGGAAUUAUCAAAACAGCAUCCUCCCCCAUCUGAAGAGCCACUAGUGCAUCAUGAUGCAGGUGAAUUCAAGGGUUUACAGCGUCAUCGUACUACAGCAGAACAAGCCCAAAGACUUGAAGAUGGGAGGGUGAAUCCAUUCACUGGUAGAGAGUUUACACCAAAAUAUGUCGACAUUAUGAAGAUUAGAAGAGAAUUGCCGGUACAUGCCCAAAGAGAUGAGUUUUUGAAACUCUAUCAAAACAAUCAAAUCAUGGUUUUCGUUGGUGAAACCGGUUCCGGUAAGACGACGCAAAUUCCUCAAUUCGUGUUAUUCGAUGAAAUGCCACAUUUGGAAAACACCCAAGUUGCAUGUACACAGCCUCGUCGUGUUGCUGCAAUGUCUGUUGCGCAAAGAGUCGCCGAAGAGAUGGAUGUGAAAUUGGGUGAAGAAGUCGGUUACUCCAUUAGAUUCGAAAAUAAAACCUCUAACAAGACCAUAUUGAAAUACAUGACUGAUGGUAUGUUGUUGAGGGAGGCAAUGGAUGACCAUGAUUUGUCGCGUUACUCAUGCAUCAUUUUAGAUGAAGCGCAUGAGCGUACCCUGGCUACUGAUAUAUUGAUGGGUCUUUUGAAGCAAGUGAUCAAGAGAAGACCUGACUUGAAAAUCAUCAUCAUGUCCGCUACUUUGGAUGCGGAAAAAUUUCAACGUUACUUCAACGAUGCUCCAUUACUUGCCGUCCCAGGUAGAACAUAUCCAGUUGAGCUAUAUUAUACACCGGAAUUCCAAAGAGAUUAUCUAGAUUCUGCCAUUCGUACUGUUUUACAAAUUCAUGCUACUGAAGAGGCUGGGGACAUCUUGUUGUUUUUAACCGGUGAAGAUGAAAUCGAAGAUGCAGUGAGAAAAAUUUCCUUAGAAGGUGACCAGCUGGUUAGAGAAGAAGGAUGCGGGCCAGUAGCUGUAUACCCCCUAUAUGGUUCAUUACCACCACAUCAACAGCAGAGAAUCUUUGAACCUGCUCCGGAAUCACAUAAUGGCAGACCAGGCAGAAAAAUUGUUAUUUCCACUAACAUUGCUGAAACAUCGUUGACUAUUGAUGGUAUUGUUUAUGUUGUGGACCCAGGAUUUUCAAAACAAAAGGUCUACAAUCCAAGAAUCAGAGUCGAGUCUUUAUUGGUUUCUCCCAUCUCCAAGGCCUCCGCUCAACAAAGAGCUGGCCGUGCUGGUCGUACGAGACCUGGUAAAUGUUUUAGAUUAUACACUGAGGAGGCAUUCCAGAAGGAACUGAUAGAACAAAGUUAUCCGGAAAUCUUACGUUCCAAUCUAUCUUCCACUGUUUUAGAACUAAAAAAAUUAGGCAUUGACGACCUGGUGCAUUUCGACUUUAUGGAUCCGCCCGCUCCGGAAACAAUGAUGAGAGCUCUUGAAGAGUUGAACUACUUGGCAUGUUUAGACGAUGAAGGCAACUUGACACCCCUCGGUAGGUUGGCGUCCCAAUUUCCUUUGGAUCCAAUGUUGGCUGUGAUGUUGAUUGGUUCUUUCGAAUUCCAAUGUUCCCAAGAAAUACUAACCAUAGUAGCCAUGCUAUCUGUGCCAAAUGUGUUUAUUCGUCCAACAAAGGACAAGAAACGCGCAGACGAUGCAAAGAAUAUCUUUGCUCAUCCAGAUGGUGAUCAUAUCACUUUGCUAAACGUAUAUCAUGGGUUCAAGUCUGAUGAGGCUUACCAGUACGGAAUUCAUAAAUGGUGUCGCGAUCACUAUUUGAAUUACAGAUCGCUCUCCGCUGCUGAUAGUAUCCGUUCUCAAUUAGAAAGAUUAAUGAACCGUUACAACCUAGAACUAAACACUACAGAUUACGAAAGCCCUAAAUACUUCGAUAACAUUAGAAAGGCUCUUGCCUCGGGGUUCUUUAUGCAGGUAGCAAAGAAAAGAUCUGGCGCUAAGGGAUACAUAACGGUGAAAGAUAAUCAAGAUGUUCUAAUCCACCCUAGCACGGUUCUUGGCCAUGACGCAGAAUGGAUCAUUUACAAUGAAUUUGUACUCACAUCGAAGAACUACAUAAGAACCGUCACAUCUGUUAGGCCCGAAUGGCUGAUUGAAAUAGCACCUGCAUACUACGACUUGAACAAUUUCCAAAAAGGCGAUGUCAAAUUGUCUUUAGAAAGAAUCAAGGAAAAAGUGGAUAGAUUGAGCGAGUUGAAGCAAGACAAAACUAAAAAGAAGAGCAAGCACUCCAAGAAAUAG